AUGGUGGUUGGCGAUGCGUCUGCGUUUCGGGUCUGGGGAUCUCGGGCGUUUGUCUGCGACUUGUCUGCGGACAAGCUGUCCCCCCGUGCUGUUCCCUGCGUCUUCCUUGGCUUCCCCCCUGACGCGCCUGGUUGGCAGUUUUACCACCCCACCUCGCGCCGUGUUCUGUCCUCCCAGGACGUCACCUUUGACGAGUCGGUGCCUUACUAUCGUCUCUUCCCCUACCGCACUGCUCCCCUCCCCCCGCCGCUGCUCUUCCUUGCGCCAGGUCCUCCCCCAGUAGACCCCCUCCCCCCUCAGGGUCCUGCCCCGUCAAGUGUGUCCCAGGUUGACGCAGUCGAGCCUGUCGAGGUAGCUGUUGACUCUGGUGCUGCUAGGGGUGCUGAGCCUACGGGUGCCGGGUCUGGGGGUGCUGAGCCUAAGGGUGCGGAGCCUGGGGGUGCUGAGCCUGGGGGUGCGGAGCCUCGGGGUGUUGAGCCUGGGGGUACCAAGCCUGAGGGUGCUGGGUCUGCUCGUGUGGCCUCUGGCGGUGCUUCGUCGAGGCGGGAGCUACUCUCUCCGCAGGAGCUGCACGAGUGGUUUGCCCGGCGCAGGAGCCGUGCUGCUGGAGCUAGAGGUGCUACUGUUGCUGCUGACCCUGGGGUCGGCACUAGAGUUACUGGAGCCACUAGUCUUGGAGGUGCUCGUACUGGGGGUACUGGAGCUGGUGGUCCUGCUGGAGUUUGA